AUGGUGGUGGCGGUCGUCCUGGGGCUCAGCUGGCUCUGUGUGCCCCUGGGAGCGCUGGUUCUGGACUUCAAUACCAUCAAAGGCGUAGACCUGCAGGGAGCUCGGAAGGGUUCACAGUGCUUAUCUGACAAGGACUGUAAUACUAGAAAAUUCUGCCUCAAGCCCCAGGAUGAGAAGCCAUUCUGUGCUACCUGUCGUGGGGUACGGAGAAGGUGCCAGCGUGAUGCCAUGUGCUGCCCAGGGACACUCUGCCUGAAUGAUGUCUGCACUACAAUGGAAGAAGCAAUCACAGUACUGGAAAGGCAAGCUGAGGAGCAGGAUGGCGUGGAUACAAAAGGAACACCUGGGCAUCCACUUCAGGAAAACAGACCCAAAAGGAAGCCAAACAUUAAAAAAUCACAAGUCAGUAAAGGACAGGAGGGGGAAAGCUGUCUGAGAACCUCUGACUGUGGACCUGGCCUCUGCUGUGCCCGUCAUUUCUGGACUAAACUGUGUAAGCCAGUCCUGCUCGAGGGCCAGGUCUGCUCCCGGAGGGGACACAAAGACACCGCACAGGCGCCAGAAAUCUUCCAGCGCUGCGACUGCGGCCCGGGGCUUGUGUGUCGGAGUCAGGCCACUAGCAACAGACAACACGCACGUUUAAGAGUCUGCCAAAAGCUCUAGCAAGCGGCGAAUACUGCAGAAUAAAUAAGACUCCCAGCUGUAUUC